UGGUUAAAUUCAUCGAUGAUAGAGCGCGGUAGUGUGUGGAAGUAGGCUGCGUGGUUGUGUACCGUGCUGCAAGACGAGAUACUUGUAGUUGGGGUUGUAAAAUUUGUGCUGUUUUAGGAGAACAAAAAAUAUUGUUUGCAUAGUAUCAUAAAUCGAAAUACCCCUAAUUAAACAUGAGUGUCGAAGAGGAAGUAAUGAGGAUUCAAAAGAAGUUGAAUAAAAUGUCUUCUGGAGAUGGAACUGGGCAGGAACAGGCUCUGGAGUUAUUGAAAGUACUACAAAAACUGCCUGUUAACUUGGAGGUGCUCACAAAAACAAGAAUUGGUAUGACAGUUAAUGCUCUACGGAAGUCAAGUUCAGAUGAUGAAGUAAUAAGCCUCUCAAAAACACUGAUUAAAAACUGGAAGAAGUUCCUUUCAGGCCCUAAUACACCUAACAGCAAGGAAACAGCGGGCAGCUCAAAGAAGUCUAAAGAAAAGGAAGAGAAGACAAAAGAUGUAGAAACAAAAGACAAAGAAAAGGAAAAGAAAAUGCCGACAACAUUUCCACCCGCCUCUUCAAAUACAACAGACGCUGUUCGACUGAAGUGUCGUGAACUUCUUUCUACAGCAGUAAGAGGAGAUGGAGAGAUCCCAGAAGGCUGUGCAUCACCUGAAGAACUCGCUGAAGAAUUAGAAGAAGCCAUUUAUCAAGAGUUUCGGAAUACUGACAUGCGUUACAAGAACAGAGUGCGCAGCAGAGUUGCCAACCUUAAGGAUAUAAAGAAUCCUGGUUUGAGGAUGAACUUCCUUGUUGGUGUAAUUCCUGCCAGUAGACUGGCUGUUUUGACAGCAGAGGAAAUGGCAAGUGAUGAGAUGAAAAGUCUCCGAAAUAAAUUUUUGAAGGAAGCUAUUAAUGAUGCCCAGUUAGCUACUGUGCAGGGCACGAAGACAGACUUGCUCAAGUGUGGAAAGUGUAAGAAAAGGAAUUGCACAUACAAUCAGGUUCAGACGAGGAGUGCUGAUGAACCUAUGACAACUUUUGUCAUGUGCAACGAAUGUGGAAACAGGUGGAAGUUCUGCUGAAUUGUUAGUACCCAUUACGUGUUGGUAUUCUGAAACUCCCUGGAGUGUAUCUUUUUGGUUUAUUUGCUUGUGUGCUAAUCCAAAAUAUUGUUGGACAAAUGUUGGUAAUAACUGAUAUAAUGUGGACAUAUUAAUACUGUUUUAAUCUGUUCUGUAUCAUAGUAACUUAAUUAUGUUUAAGUUUGGAAUUAAUUAAGUACAAAUAUGGAAAGCAAUUUAAAGCAACACAUAUUUUAAGGUGGCUCAUUUUAAGAUGGAUUAAGUUACAGCUGAAGGAGUGUGUAAGGUAAUAUGCAGCAUAACUGUGUUUAAAUUUUCCUACUGUUAUUGCUGGGUUGUGCGUAGUGUGUGUUUUAACUGCCUACUGCAGUUAGCAACCAGUGUUAAUUUAUUCUUCUUUAUUCAUAUUCUGUAGUAUUGACUGCAAUACUUGCCAGAUCAUAUACGCUUUUUGAUCAGUGAUCAGCAAAAAAUGUAUGAUUAAAUGUAUUCAUUUAUGUUUCCUGUAGCACAUACUGCAUGUACAGAUCCCUUGACUCUGAUAUUCUCGUGUGGUUUGCCCUUCUUGUAACGUAAUUCCUCAAAGAAAUUUAUAUUCCUACAGUAUAUGAGAAUCAAGGCCUUCAUUGUCUGUACAGGUAAGUACAAAACAAUACAGUUAUUUCAACAUGAUUAAUUUUCUUUAUUCUUAUUUAAUAAGGAAUUUUCAUUCCUAGGAAUUGUAAUUUAUGAUUAUCAGUGUAUUAUCUUGAAAAUAAAUGACAACAGUCUUCACUGUCAUGCAUUUUUUUGCCACUGAGAAAAUUAUACAACAAUAUGCACAGUGCAUUUCUGUUUUGUUUUUGUGUGCCACAAAUAUGUGUAUUAUAGUAACACAAUAAAAUAUUUUUUCAGGAACUGUAA